AUGAUUCUUAGCGGACUGGAAGUCGUCACCCGCCAAUUAGUUCGGAAUCUCCGCGGUCUCACCCAGCAACAACCAUGCGGCAUCGACCUGACUCUCCGUCAGGUCUCACAAUGGACCUCCGCCGCGACCAUCGACUUCGACAACACGAAACGCCAGGGGGCCAAGACCUCCAGCUUGUCGUUUGACAGCACCAGCCACGCCAUUACGCUGCACCCGGGCGCGUACUUGGUCGAUUUCAACGAAACUGUUCAAGUGCCGCGGAAUUGCAUGGGGAGCAUUUUUCCGCGGUCAUCGCUCUGGCGGUCCGGGGUCGGAGUCACCGCUGGCGUCGUCGACGCCGGGUAUGAAGGUGCGCUCGGUGCCUUGAUCGAAGUCAAGAAUCCCCACGGCGUCGUUUUGUAUCGAGACGCCAAGCUCGCCCAGAUUGUGUUUGAGGAAUUGGGCGAGACUGUGGAAGGAUACAAUGGUAUCUACCAGUCUUCGACGAGCAGUGUCGGGCGUGAUGGGACUGGCCAGUCGUCAAACGCUUGA